CUACAGUUCGGCAUUGGAGAUAAGGCAAACUGUAAAUGAUUCAUUGAGCAUCAGUCGCAAAAAGUUUUUGAGCUAUAUUUUAAAGUUCAUGACAUAUUCAAUAGUUUUGCUGCAUACAGUGAAGGAAACCCCAGACUUAUUCUCAUUGGACAGAAUUUUUUCAAAAUAUACUAAAAAUGGUAAUUGAAUUUUACUAUCACCCUCUGAGCCCACCGUCGCAAGUAGUAUGGAUGGUACUAAAGGAACUCAACAUUCCACACAAGGCAAAUUUAGUUGAUCUUUUGUCCGAGGACAAUAAUAAAGAAGCUUAUACAGCCAUAAACAAGUAUAAAGUUGUUCCUGCUAUAAUAGAUGGAGAUUUGACUUUAUCGGAGAGUCGUGCAAUUGCAAUGUAUCUUUGCGUCAAAUAUGAACCGAAAGACAAAGCGGAGAGACUGUAUCCUUGCUCAGGAGUGGCCGAGAUUGCCAAUUUCAACAGAUUGGUGUUCAGAGAUAUUGACAACUAUCAGACUCUGUUAAAGUACUUGAAUGGUGAUGAAAUAUUUGUCGGAACCGCCAGUGGUCCGAAAGAAAAUCUUUUGCCGAAAGCAAUCGCAGUUCUGGAGGAAGUCGAGAAGCUGUUAUCAGGAAAACAAUAUGUUUUUGGCAAUCACCUCACCCUUCUUGACUUUUUCGUUCUUACUACGGUGAGUUGCAUGGAAGUCAUAGAUACAGACUGGAAGAAAUAUCCAGCUAUUGCUAAAUGGAAAAGUGACCUGAUGAAAUUACCUUAUUUCGAAGAAUGUCACGCAAAGGGUGUAAAAGAGUUCGUAGAAUUGUACAAGGAAUAUUGUGCAAAAUCAGCCAGUAAUCCAGAAAGAAAAUAAAAACGUCAAGUCACUCUUUGCUAAUUAUGUCAAAUUUUCUGAAUAAUAAAUUAAUUGCUAUAUUAUCGUGCAUUGAAAUAAACUAAACUUUAUUGACAUUCAGUGAAAAUGUUUGUGUAUACGAAAUAUAUUUUAUUUCAGUUUAGGUUUUGGCCGUAUCAGUAGUACAAUAACACUAUGUUUAGGGAUUUUUCAGGUGUAUCAUUUAUUGAAAUAUUAUACUUUAGUAGUUCUAAUGUAACGAAACUCCCUCUACCAGAAACUAAGCCGAAUAGUAUUGUGUGUAUACUCUGACCCGUGAACAUGAAACCCACUGGUCAAAUGUGAACGGUCACUUGACCAAGUCCUACGUGGGAUAAGCAGUUUGAUCAAAUAAAUCAAUGCGACGCAAAUGAAAUUAGACGUUACUUGGCUCUAGUUUUCACAGUUCCAUCAACUUUUGAGAAAUAAUGAACAUUUAGACAAAUUUACGGCAAUCUUUUUAUUGAAGCUAUCAGUAACUAUUAUUUUUUAUCAUUGCUUCAAAUAUUAAUAAUACUCAAUAAACGAUAAAUUUUAGUUUAUAUUUUGAAAAUGAUGAUUCUUAAGAAUUGUAACCAUCAUAUGCCGCGAU